AGCGAGUUCGAGCCGCAAUGUCACGUGUUCCGAACGAAGCAGUUGCGCAAGCCGCGUCCGUGCCAUUUGUGCCAUCAGGCGGUGAUCAAACAGGCGUCGUGCUGCAGAGUUUGCAAGUACAUCUGCCACAAGAGCUGCGAGGACAAGGUGAGUAAACAGACUCUCUUCAAACAGACACCUUCCCUUAAUAUUUCAGCCGAACGUGAGGGGCAAUUAGAUCGUCCGUCGUCCAUCAGAGCCCUUGCCCGUACACGAAGAGCCUCUCCGGACCCGUGCACGGGUUCCGGUUCGUACUUCCUGGUACUCAAACGAAUCUGCCGUGCGCCGCGAGCACGUCCAACGAAACGUCCUCGAACUCGGGGCGAUCCAUCGGUGGAAUUUUUCCAUCCACGUGCACGCGUGUCUGAUCCGGCUGGAACGAACGCGAAACGAGAAGGAGCCACGCCGUGGAGGAGAUCCUACUUGCACGCCACCGAUGGAGCCCGGCCGAUGAGAUUCUCAGUUCCCCGAAGCCUCUGUCGAUGCUACGAGCACACGGAAGACUCCGCGACGAAUCUGUGUGCGCGUUCCUGCAAGAGAAUAGACAGAGACAGAGUCGAUUCUCUCUCUUUCUCUCUCUGUGUGAAACACACGGUGUGGGUUCAGUCACCGAGCAGGGCACGAGCCUUACUUGCCUUACCUUGCCUUGCCUUGCCUUCUUCGUAUCUUGAAGUGCUCCUGUGCUUCACACUCGCUCCAACACACGUACACGCGGCGGACGGAACCGUAGCUUGGUCAUACCUG